GUCCGGUCUGGGCGGUCGUUUUGCACAGGUGUUUUCCUCAACCUUCUGCUUUUAAGAGUGAAAAAAUUUGGUCGUCUUUUUCUGCAAUAUUUAUUUUGUGGAAACACACGCAGCAAGCACCGAAGCAACAUGACAAAUAACCAGAUUGGACUCCUGUCCCUUUGUGAACAUCCUCUGCAUAUUUAUAUCUGCGCAAAAACUUGAGGAACCUUGUCCAAGACUCCAAAUUCAAAAACCACUUUCUACUUUCUCAGGAGCUUCCAUGGGAACUUUUCUUGGGCACUUGGUGCCAGGACUCGCCCUCACCUUGCUUGGUUUAUGGCACAUCAUAAACAUAUCAAGAAAUUACUUCCUCAAAGGAUCAAGCAAUUUCAAAUCGCAAUUUUGGCAUCCGUUCACCCCCUCUGUCCCCAUAUCCAAGUAUUCCGAGCUUGUACUCGUGUUCUCGUUCUCUAUUUUUGCGAUCUUCGCGCAAGUGGUCGACUUCCCUAUCAUCCGCCUUGCUUUUGAGCUCGAUAGUAUCGAGCACGCCACCAUGUUUCUCCACCUUGCUAUAUUCUCUGGUUUCGCUCUUUUCGCAGAGAUCAACCAUAAAACAGAGACUCUAUCGGGGGUUGCGGGCGUUCUUGCAGCAUCUGUUUUUGGUCAAGAGCUUCUCUUGCUUCAUUUCCAUUCCACUGAUCAUGUUGGACUUGAAGGGCACUACCACUGGCUACUGCAGCUCGUGGUGCUCGCAUCUUUGGCCUCGUCUUUGGCAGCAAUAUGUUUUCCCACCAGUUUCCCAGCAUUUCUAGUUCUUGCCAUUUCUGUGACCUUUCAGGGUUGCUGGUUCAUAAACAUGGGGUUCUUCCUUUGGGUACCAGAAUUUGUGCCAAAGGGUUGCACCGCACAGUCCAUUCACGCUAGCAGAAAAUUAGCGCACGGUGCAGUAACUUGCGGCUCAAGCGAUGCGGACUCAAGGGCUCGAGCCCUUGCUAACUUGCAGUUCAGUUGGAUACUUGCAGGGAUUUUGUUUUUGACAGGAAGCCUGUGUCUGAAAUGGGCCGGUAAAUGUCCAGAGAGCGGGCAGCAUACGGAGUACGAGCGACUUCAGGGUAAAGGUGCUGAGUUGCCUCUAUCAUUUGAUGGAUGCAGGCAAUCUCAACCUUAGUGUAACUGCUUGAUAGAGCAACUAAUGUGAAUUAAGGGUGCUUGGAGUACUUGCUGUCGUCUAAGUAAUAAGCUGGAGGGGUGAAGAAUUGGUUCAGUAUACUGGCGACUACUGUAUAUUUCUUUGCAGUUACGACCGAAUUGUAAAGAUUAUGAUAACUUAUCUGCUUAUUAUUAUACAAAUAGCUUAUUUAUAAGAAAAACCUCUCUCUCUC